AUGACACAUGUGUGCUUAGAAAAUAAACUGUACUUGAAAUCUAAGUUAGUGUAACCCUAAUAGACUACAUGACCCAUAUCAAUGAUGGGACCUAUUCUAGGUUUGAUACGAUCCCACAAGAUAAAAGAGUGGGGUAACCUGAAACUUGGAACGGAAAACCAACGGCAAACCAAGGAUCAAGUAAGGUUUUGUGAAGAUAUAAUCAAGUUGAUCAUCAGUAAAGAUAAAUUAAACAUGUAAUUCUUUAUGUGUGACGAACAAGUUAGAAAGCAAACCUUAUUGUUUGGACAAGCAUAUAACAUUGUUAUCUAUUCAAUUUGACAUAUGUAACCAUGGAUCCAUGGCCCACGGUAACGAAUAAGCAUAUUAACUUCUAUUCUCAUCCUUCUCCUUUUAUCUAAUUCUAAAUGACUAGGCUUGACAUGAUCAACCAAUGCUUCUGCGGUGAAUCAUGUGAAGAAAUAUUAUUCUCGUUGGAACACUUGGCUACACAAGUUCAAGAGAAAUGGGUCAUUGAUGCUAUCACAUCGAUGAAAUCCGCUAAUCCACUAGGUCUCAAGAUUUUCUUGAGAACGAUUAGAGAAGGUCGAUCCAAAAAUAUUGAGCAAUGUCUUGAGACAGAAUACAUUGCCAUCUCCAAUCUUAUUGCCGGAAAGAUUAGCCAUAACUACUAUGAGGGCGCUAGAGCUAUGUUAAUCGACAAAGACAAGAAACCUCAGUGGGUACCAUCAAAACUAGAGGAUGUUACAGAAGAAAUGGUGGCCAAGUGUUUUUCUAGAUCUUUCACCGAGGAUGAUGAUUGGUUGCCUUUACAACUUCCCACAAAAACUAGCGGAACCCAUGUCGGUGCAUCAAAACUCUGAUGUUUACCAAGAAAGGUUCCUUUUCGGUAACCUAAAGCCCUUCAACUUUAAUAAAAACUUCAUGUUCAAUAAAAAAAUUGUGUGUUAUUUGUUCGUGUUUUUCAGGUUAAUAUGUUACCCAUGUCAAAACUAAAAUAAUUAAGUUACAUCUGUUAUAAUUUAUUACUAUUUUACGCUCAUCCCAAUGUUUAUGUAUUUUUUAGU